GCCGUGCUUGGCCGGGCGCGGGGGGCGGCAUGGCGCGGGCGCUGCGGGCGCUGGGCAGCGCGGCCGGGCCGGGGCCGGGGCCGGGGCCGCGGGUGCGGUUCGGGCCCAGCCCCACAGGUCGGCUGCACCUGGGCGGGCUGCGCACGGCGCUGUACAACUUCCUCUUCGCCAGGCAGCGGCGGGGCGCCUUCGUGCUGCGCCUGGAGGACACCGACCGGCAGCGGGCCCUGCCCGGCGCCGCCGACGGCAUCGAGGAGAUGCUCGAGUGGGCAGGUAUCGCCCCUGACGAAAGCCCUCGCCGCGGCGGUGCGUUCGGACCCUACCGGCAGUCGCAGAGACUCGACCUGUACAGACAGGCCUGCGAGGUGCUCUUGGAGCGAGGCGCGGCGUACCGCUGCUUCUGCACCCCGCAGCGCCUGGAGCUGCUGAAGAAGGAGGCGCUGCGGAACCAGCAAACCCCGCGAUACGACAACCGCUGCCGGCACCUGACGCCCAGAGAAGUGGCUGAGAAGCUGUCGCAGGGCCUUGACUGGGUGGUCCGCUUCCGGCUGGAGAAGGGCGUGGAGCCCUUCCAGGACCUGGUCUACGGCUGGAACAAGCACGAAGUGGCCGAGGUGGAAGGCGAUCCGGUGAUUCUUAAGGGGGACGGCUUCCCCACCUACCACCUGGCAAACGUGGUGGAUGACCACUACAUGGCCAUCAGCCACGUUCUGCGAGGAACCGAGUGGCUUACUUCAACAUCCAAGCACCUCCUUCUCUACAAAGCCUUUGGCUGGGAUCCCCCCCAGUUUGGUCACCUCCCGCUGCUUCUGAACAAAGACGGUGCUAAGCUGUCGAAAAGGCAGGGGGACGUCUUUCUGGAGCGCUUUGCUCGGGACGGCUACUUGCCAGAGGCUCUGCUGGACGUUGUCACCAGUUGCGGCUCUGGAUUUGCAGAGAAGCAGAUGGGGAGGACUUUGGAGGAGCUGAUCUCGCAGUUUGAAAUCGGCAGAAUUACAACCCAUUCCGCCUUACUGGAUCUUGAGAAACUCCCGGAAUUCAACAGGGUGCACCUCACUCGGCACAUCGAGAAUGAAGAGCUACGGCAGAAGCUAAUUCGGGAGCUGCAGUCGCUGGUGGAGCGUGUCUAUGGGGACCAAGAACUGGAUAAAGAGGUUCUAGAAAAGGAGUACGUGGAGCAAGUCCUCCUGAUGAGAAAAGGUCACGUAAGCCUCCUGAAGAACCUGGUGUCGUGUGACUAUGCUUACUUGUGGGUUAGGCCCUCAGUGUCCCGAGAGCAGCUCCAAACUAUUUCUGCAGAAGCAGAUGACGUAGGCAAACUAGUCUUAGGGCUUAUGACGAGACAAACAGCUGUUUUGACCAUGGAGGAGUUGAACAAAGACCUCAGAAACCUUCAGAAGCAAACCAGAGAGACUAAGUACAGCAGCAUGAUGAAGCUCCUUCGCCUGGCUCUCAGUGGACAACAGCACGGACCGAGCGUGGCUGAGAUGAUGGUGACGCUGGGACCCAGAGAAGUGUGUGGACGGAUACGCAAAGCGCUCUCCAGCUGAUACGGGACAAAUGACUGCGGGGGUUAACCCUGGAAUGCCGGUGGCGCAGGCACCGCCUGUCCUUGUCUUAGACCUGUACCUUGCGGUGACGGCACGACUGUCCUUGGUCGCGUGAGGGGGGCUUUGGACCGUGCGUGACGUUUGCGGGUCUGUACGUCCCCGCGCCAAGUGGAGCCGAACGCA